CGAUUUACCAUGACAUGAGAAAUCUACACUUAUACCCGGAGUGUGAGUAGGAAGCUCCAUCGACUAACAGUUAAUUAACUGUUGUUGGAAGAUAGUGAUUACUGUGCCCGGGAGAAGGCGCCCGGUUGGAAAGAAAACCUAUACCCCAUAGUUAGUGGCCGUAUAGCGUGCGGGUGAAAAGUCUACGUGGGAUUGGUUUGGACGCUUGACCAAACAUACCAUACCUAUCAUCAAAACAAUGCUCGGGUGCUGUUGUUCGCGCUGUUUUGGUGGAAAAUAAUAUGAAAAUUCAUGUGAAAUACUUGCCAAGAGGGCUGUAACGAUCGCCGCACAGGCGUGUGACCUUUUCACCGUGUUGUGUUUUUUUUUCUGCUUGUGGCGCACCGGCUUCGUAGCGAAGUUCAAGCGGAUUCGAAGUUUCGUCUGUUUCUGGCUUUUGCUGCGUGGUUAAGUGCAUGACUGUGAAAUUGAGAGAUAAAUAGCUUUAACAUAACGAAAAGAUAAGAGAAGACAGAAGAAAGUUCAAAGCGGAUUGGGAUCUCACACGACGGCUGGUGAUUCGGGCAACUGUUUUUGUGCAUUGUUUUGGAUUGUUUAUUUUUUUACUUUUGGAGUACUGCACGGUAUCAGUGAACGGCGGCUAUUGUUUGUGUACCAGAAGGACUGCGUCAGGCCGGUGUGAAUAAGUGCGAUGCCUCCGAUGCUUCCCGCUGCUGCUUCCUCCAACCAUUUAGUACCGGUAGCUCACGGUGCGUCAUGAUUCAUUCAAAGCUCGGAUCAAGCCUAAUGGAACUGGUUUUUACGGCUGCAGCAUAGACUACAGUUACUGCUCUACCUAUAUACAUACCCACCGCCCCGACCGGCAAACGGGGAAGUGACAACAUCUUGAAGGUCGCGCCACCGGGGAACUUGAAUAAGGAAUAUGGCCUACAAUGGACUGUCGCAGCACGUGGACUUCCUGAGGCUGCCCAAUCCGAGCGAGCGUUUCGAGUUGCUUGAUCUUAUUGGCGAGGGAACCUACGGCGAGGUGUACAGUGCCAAGGACAAGCACAGCGGGCGCAAAUAUGCCGUUAAGAUCCUGGAAACGAUCGCCGACAACAUCGAGGAAAUUGAAGAGGAAUACCUAGUACUGCGAGACCUAUCAAACCAUCCAAACAUUCCGGAUUUUGCUGGGCUUUUUCUGAAGCGUGGUCCAACCGUCGAAGAUGACCAGCUGUGGUUUGUACUGGAGCUCUGUACCGGCGGUUCGGUCACCGACCUCGUCCAGGGCCUGCGCAACCGUGGAACACGGCUUUCCAACAACCAAAUUGCGUACAUUCUCCGGGAGACGGUCCAGGCGUUGGUGUUUCUUCACGAGAACCACUGCAUGCAUCGGGAUAUCAAGGGACACAACAUACUACUAACCGAGAAUGGUCAAGUCAAACUGGUCGACUUUGGCGUCAGUUCGCAUCUGGCAGCCACGAUGGCCCGGCGGAACACUAGCGUCGGCACGCCCUAUUGGAUGGCACCGGAAGUGAUUGCCUGCGAACAGCAGCUGGAUCAGUCGUAUGAUUCGCGAUGUGAUGUGUGGUCAAUUGGAAUUACGGCGAUCGAGCUGGCCGAAGGAGAUCCACCACUGUGUGAACUACAUCCGAUGCGAGCUCUGUUCCAAAUUCCACGAAAUCCGCCCCCGAAGUUAAACCACCCGGAGCUGUACUCGGCCAUGCUGUCGGAUUUCAUUUCCGAGUGUUUGGUUAAGGAUUUGGAGCAGCGACCUUUCUCUAAGGAACUGGUGACUCAUCCGUUUCUUAAAACGGUUGGACCAUAUGUAGAGCAGGUUCGGCAGGAGUUGAAAUCAGAAAUUCAGAAACAACGUUCGGAUGGUAGAGCUCCUCGUCAGGCAGAAGCAACCACUAAAUAUGGCAAGCUCAAGUCAGAUCGGAAGUCGAAACCGCAGAAGAUGUACAUGGAUGACCUGGCGGCGUUGGAUGUUCUCACCGAGGAAACGAUAGUUGAGCAACUACAAAAGCGAUUCGAAACUAGCCAGAUCUACACCUACAUUGGCGACAUAUUGGUGGCAGUCAAUCCAUUCGCUCAACUAGGACUAUACACGAGUUACCAUCAGAAGAAAUACGCUGGAAAAUCACGGUCCGAAAACCCGCCACACAUUUUCGCAGUAGCAGAUGCCGCUCACCAGGCCCUCGUUCACCAGAAGCUGAAUCAGGCGAUCGUCAUCUCAGGCGAAAGUGGAUCUGGUAAAACGGAAAGCGCUAACCUUCUUCUGAAGCAGCUUGUAUAUUUAGGCAAAGCAGUUACCAAAAAUUUGGAAGAAAGAAUACUUCAGGUAAAUCCGAUCAUGGAAGCAUUCGGGAAUGCACGAACCGGAAUCAAUUCGAACAGUUCUCGCUUCGGCAAGUACCUGGAGCUUACGAUGGCCCGCAGUGGUAAGGUGAAUGGGGCACGAAUCUUCGUUUACUUACUGGAGCAGAGCCGGGUGGUCAAACAAGCUGAAGCCGAAGGAAACUUCCACAUUUUCUACUACAUGUACGAUGGUUUGCAGGCGGAAAAGCGCUUGGAAGAAUAUUACCUACAUCCGUCGUAUCGGAAGACUCAUCGUUACCUACAGGAAACCGUAACGUUACCGAAAACCAACGUUGACCGUUGGAAGCAGCUUCUGGCUAGUUUUAAGGUGCUUGGCUUCCGCGACGAUGAAGUCGACAUGGUGAACCGAGUGCUGGCUGCCAUAUUGAACCUGGGUGAUAUGGAGUUUGGAGAGAUAGAUUCCAAUGAUAACACGGACAGCCGUGCGCGGGUCAUCGAUGUGGCUCCGAUGCACCGAGUGUCGAAGCUGUUGGGCGUGGAAUCGACCGAUUUGUUGGAUGCAUUGACUUCGAAUUCGGUGGUGACGCGUGGUGAAACCAUUACCCGACACAACAAUGUGGCCGAAGCUUGCACUGCUAGGGAUGCCAUGGCGAAGGGUUUGUAUGGACGGCUGUUUGAUUGGAUGGUUAAUCAGAUCAAUUUGCUGCUGGUACAUAAUAAGCCGAAUAACAGCCCGGAGCAACUAGCAAUUGGGCUGCUGGAUAUAUUUGGAUUUGAGAAUUUCUCUAAAAAUUCAUUUGAACAACUGUGCAUCAACAUUGCAAAUGAACAGAUUCAGUACUACUUCAACCAGCAUAUAUUUACGUGGGAGCAACAGGAGUACAUGGCCGAGGGAAUUCCAGUAGAUAUGGUAGAAUUCGCCGAUAACCGCCCCGUUCUGGACAUGCUACUGAGCCGACCGCUAGGCUUGUUGGCCCUUCUUGACGAGGAAUCCCGUUUCCCAAGAUCCAACGAUCGAUCUCUUAUUGAAAAAUUCCACAACAAUAUCAAGUCCAAAUUCUACCAGCGCCCAAAGUCGGACGCCGUGUGCUUCGCAAUUCACCACUUUGCCGGUCGGGUUGUCUACCAAGCGGAUGGUUUUCUGGAAAAGAAUCGUAACUUCCUACCGGCGGAAAUUAUCCAGUUAAUCCGGCAGAGCCAGUACGAUAUGAUUCGUUUUCUGUUUCAAUGUCCGAUCACCAAAACAGGCAACCUCUACUCGGCUAUCCAGGAUACCGGAUCCCGGCAGAAUGUGUCAAACUUCAUUAAGGUUGAUACCAAGGAAAAGUUCAACUCCCGCGGACUGGCUUCGCAGUCAAGAGCUCAGCAAACGGUAGCCACCUACUUCCGCUACUCGCUGAUGGAUCUGCUUCAGAAAAUGGUCACCGGUGCACCACAGUUCAUCCGAUGCAUCAAACCAAAUGACAUAAAGGCGGCCAAGAACUUCGAACCGAGCAAAGUGUUGAAACAGCUGCGUUACACCGGAGUGCUGGAAACGAUUCGGAUCCGUCAGCAUGGAUUUAGUCAUCGGUUGGCGUUUGCUGAUUUCUUGAAAAGAUACUACUUCCUCGGCUACGGAUUCGAGGAACGCGUCGUCGCUAGCCGGGAAUCAUGUCGUUUGCUUUUAGUGCGUCUAAAAAUGGAUGGAUGGGCGCUCGGGAAGUCCAAGGUGUUUCUCAAGUAUUACCACAUCGAGUAUUUGUCCAAACUCUACGAGGAACACGUUCGCAAGAUCGUAUUGGUCCAGGCAUGCGUACGACGUUGGUUAGCCAAAGGUCGCAUCAAACGGGAGAAAAUGGCGCGGGUGGCCCUCAGUGCAGUUACCUUGCAGAAGCAUGUCCGUGGCUGGUUAACCCGUCGUCGCAUGAACAAAAUGCUACGUGAGAGACAGGAAAAGGAACGCAUUGAACAGGAGCGAGCUGAAAAAGAACGCAUUGCGAGAGAGAAAAAGAAUAAUGAACAAAACAAAGCCAAACAAGCCUUAGCUAAGGCGAAGAUGAUCCAUCAACAUUCCAACCACGAAUUGAUUAAGCCUUCAGAAAAACAAAGCGUUGAUAUACACAACAAAGAAAAUGAAAAAGCGGCAAUUGUAAUCCAAAGCUACUACCGCGGAUACACGAUCCGGAAGCUGAAGCUGACCCCUGAGGUCGAAGCCAAAACCAAAUAUAUCCUCGGAAUCGCUAGGAAUCGUGUCGAAGCGCAGCGAAUGAUGCAGAAGGAAGGCUUCUCCAAGGAGGACGCCGCUCGCAUAAUCCAAAGGUACUAUCGUACUCACAAGAGCAAGAACAAUAACAGCAACAAUCGGGAAAGUAGCCGACAUAAGGCACCAGCACCGCAACCCAGCAAACCCUUAUCCACCAAGGAUCAACAGGUGGAUUUGAUUGCCUUUUCGCAGAAUGUGCACAUGUUGAACCAGGAAGUGCACAAGAAUCUACGGGCCACCAAACCCGGAGUGCCUCUGGAUGCCAUAGAGAAGCUACCCAGCGAAUACAAGCGCCCGCCGGGUUUUGUGCUUGUCCCGGGACUGCUGGGGACAGUGCCCGGAGGGGAGUUCACCAAGUACAGUUCGUUCCGCAGUGCGGGAGAUUGUGAUCACGAGAUGACCAAGGAACUAAUUCAGAGUCCUUCACUGUCAACCGAAUUCGAUGACAUCUCCCCGUGGGAUCUGCCGUUUUACGAACUGGAACGCAAUCUCCGCUCGCAAAGACAACGGAAUCUCCAACAGCAACAGCAGCAUCAGCAGCAGCAACGGGUGGACAUCAACCGUAACGAGAUCCUCGGUGACCGUAUGGUAGAGCUGAGCGAGCGCAAGCAGCAACUAUCCAAUAACUGGCACCAUGCAAUUCAGGCCACCGAGGCGGCCCAGGACCAUAAAUUCAAGGGGAUGGGCAGAUCCAACAAUCACCAAGAACCGGCACCGAUCCGACAUAUUCCUGCCUUCAGUUAUCUCAACCCGAAUGGUCAUCAAAUUCUUCGCUAUUCUCCGAACAACGUGGAUCAACAGUCUUCAUCUCCCCAAAAUCAGCACCACUAUCGCAACGGACAAGCUAGCGAUGGAAGUGGCCACCGCUAUCGCGAUAUGCCGUCACAUCAUAUUCAACAACAACAGCAACAACAACAGCAGCAGCAACAACAGCAACAACAACAGACAGCCCUGAACGGCCAAGGAAAGGUCAAGAAGCAGAGUUCCAAAAACGAGCACAAGAUCAAGGAGAAGGAAAAUAAAGAGCGAAAAAAGAAGGAGAAAAAAGCCAAGAAAGAAAAGGUGAAGUCUUCGUCAUCCGGAGCGUCGUCAGCUUUCAGCGGUUCGGCGGAGAAAGCCCGAAAAGACCCUAAAAAGAAGCCCCCCAUGCCGUUCCCGCAGCCACCGCAGCAACGAAUCAUUGAACAGCACGACUAUCAGAACAUUUCCGAGGAGACAAAGAUCGACAGCAAGAGUCCGGUGAUGCGAAUGUUUGGUGAUACGAAUUUUUUGCUCAAUCACCGUCGAAAGGUUUCCAACCAGAAGGAAAGUAACCUAAGCUGCGGGCAGGGGGUUUGCGAGCUGAUGAACGGAGUGUACCGAUUCAGCCCUCACGUGACCUCGUUUGCGGAGCUCGAAUCCAACAAGGGAAGCCACCACUCGCACCCGUCCACGCUGGACUCCAAAGAGUACCAGAACUUCAACGUGUCCAAGUAUCUGAACAUCGAUGUCAAAACUCCGAACCUGCGUAGCGUCAAGCACCAUAUCUGUUCAAACAGUAGCAGUAUGAGUACGGGCAGCAGUGGUUCCAACUCGCUGAAUUCGUUCGAUUCCGUCGAACAGGCGAUCAUUUUCCAGAAAAACAAGAACGCCGACUCGUACCUCGGUCCGUUCAACUUUCGCCAGUUGCUCAGGCCUACACAAGGGCCAACGGAAUCGUUGCGGAAGCGGAAAGGAAUCAAUCCACCGUCGCCACCGCCACCGCAACGGGGCAAGAGCUGAGAAGUCGGGAUGUUGUUCUGUUAGUUAAAUGGUACAUUCGAUAUUAAUUAGAAUUUGUUUUUGUUUGUAUUAUUGCUGUUGUGCAUUUUUUUUUCGAAUGAAUGUCUAUAAUGGAAUCGAUCAGAGCUCGAUAGAUUGACUCGUUUCGCCUUCCUGAGGAUAGGGGAUUCAUUUUCCACGGGGAAUUUUCGGGAACACUAUGCUAAGAUGGGAUCGUGUGUGAAAUCUAUUUACAAUCUGUAAAUCUAAUAGAUGAUGAAUAUAUAUAGAGCUAAUGUAUCUAAUAGGAA